AUGCCCCGAAAAUCCGACGCCUCCGGGAUAUUGCGACGCGGCUCAGCCUGUCUGUCGUGUCGGAGAAGGAAAUUGAGGUGCGAUGGCCUUCGCCCCGUAUGCACACAGUGUACCACCAUGAAACGAGCCCAUGAAUGCAACUACGACGACAGCGCGCGCAAGAGUCGCACCCAAACGCUACGCGAAAAGCUCUUUGCUCUUGAGGCCAAAGUGCGGGAGCUCGAGUACCAGCCUGGUUGUUCGUCAAUCCCUUCGUCUUCCUCAAGUUCUGUCAGCGACUCCACCCCAUCGCCCCUACUGAAAGGCUACGAUGAUCUCUCUUCCCAGUUCAUGUUGGAUCCCUCCAUUUUCCCGACCGACCUAACAGCCUGGGACCCCAACGUUUUUGACUCCAUGUUUACGACCUCGAUACCAUCCUCUUUCCCUGAUGAUCAGAGAUUCGACUCUCCCCCAUUCAAUUUCUCAGUGCACUCGUCUCCUUCUGGAUCCGAUGGGUCUAUCUCGCUCCCGUUAGGCGGCGCGGUCUCCUCGCCCUCGGGCAGGGAUGCACUUCCUCCGAGCGCCAAUCCCAUUUACUUCAUGGACCAGACCUUGUAUGACGGCUUGCCGGACCGCCUAUUUGUCGAUCCAGAAAUAGCUCUGACUCCAGAAGUCCAGCAUGUUCUUAUCCGCUCCUUCGUCGACCAUCGCAAGCAGUACUGCUUCUACUCCAACUCAGAGCGGUUCGACCCUUCGCGGACCGCGACGACGACUGGGGCGAUCUACCAACACCAGGUCCCCGCCAAUCCCUCUUUAAUUAACGCCAUUCACCUUCUGGGAUGCUUCUUCACACGGGCGCCACUUCCCCAGGGACUGGAGCAGCACCUACUGGAACAGACCUUGCGUGAAGUGUCACGCUCCCUGCACAACCAAGAGCAGCUGAUCGACGUCGUACAAGCUCUGACUUUGCUCGCCCAAUACUUCUUCUUCAACAACAGAGGCAUGGAGGCGAACCGGCACCUGUCCGCCGCUAAACGUAUAGCGCUCGAUCUGAGGUUGCAUCAGGUGUCGCAUCCUGACCUGGCGACGUUCCCGUUCGACCUGGACUAUCCCUUUGAUUCGCCCAUGCAAGACUGGAAGGAGAAGGCUGCUGUUUUCUGGCAGUUAUUCAUGGUCGAAAGGUUCUGGGCUACGACAAACGACUGCACCGCCGGUCAGCCAGAGUUGGACUCGCCGUGUCGCAACAUCGCGACGCCACUCCCAGUGCUCGAUGGGGCUCAAAUGGACACGACACUCAGGAAUAGCACCAUCCGUGCAUUUUUCGACACCGACGAUGAUAGUUUCCAUGCGUCCUCACUGUCCGUAACCGCUUUCAAGAUCAUGGCUUCCUCUCUUUUUGACCGCUCGAUUCGCGUUAACAACACAACGCUGCGCGACAACGCGACAUGGGCGUACCACAGAUCUGCAGAGGUGGCCCUGACGAGGCUGCUAAGGCUUGUGCCCCCGUUUCUGCGCAAGGAUGCGCACUACCCGUCGGCGCCGUACUUCGACACGGACCUGUUCACGGUGCACGCCCUCAUCUUCGCGUCGACGAUCCACCUCCAUCUCGACAAUGCGAUGAACCUCAAAGCCUCGCUCGCGGCCAAGAAGCUCGUCGAGCUUGUCAAUAUUCUCGUUGAAGACGACUACCACUACCUUGAUCCUUCACUAGCGAUUUGCCUGGUCUCGAUCAUCAAACUGUUUCGACGAAUGAUCGAGAGCACGGCACAAGCGCAGACGAAUGGCGUUGGCGGAUCAAGUGCGCCGUACGCAUUAGCUUUCUUGAAACGCUGUGUGGAGAUUCUCACUUCGGCCGUGCAAAAUAUGAGUGGGAGUACCCCAUUUGCAGACGACCUCUUCGCAUCUCUCGGCGAAGUACCCGCGCCACACCACUCGAACAUCAGCCCCAUCAAGCAACAGCCCCCAUCUUCGAGCUCGUACAUCUACCCAGAGAGCAUCAUCUUAACAACUCCUUACGGAGUAGUCGACGGCUACUCAUAA